AUGCUGGACAAGGAAUGGGUGCAUCUUUGCAGACUUGAUCCUGCUUAUGAGAGAGGUGCAUGGAAUUUUGUUCGGGCUGUGGGUGAAGAUAAUGAUGACAAUCAGUUGAUAAUUUGCCCUUGCAAAGAUUGUUGUAAUGAAGAUCGUCACUUAGGGGUUGAUGUUGUUGAUCAUCUAGUAACCAGGGGUAUGGAUGAGUGUAAUGAAGAGAUUGCUAGGUUGUAUAGAGCUGCUGAGUAUUUAGAUAAGGAGUUGGCUGGGUUGGAUGAGUUCUCUGAAAUUGCAGAGGGAGAGGAAAAGAAAGAAGAUGCGUUCCUGGCAAAGUUAGCAGACGCAGAAACACCUUUAUAUCAAAAAUGUGCAAACCAUAGUAAGCUAUCAGCGAUUGUCUCAUUAUUUCGACUUAAGACACAAAAUGGGUGGUCUGACAGGAGCUUCAAUGAGCUACUUGAGACACUGCCAGAGAUGUUACCUGAUGACAACGUGCUACAUACAUCAUUGUACGAUGUGAAGAAAUUUUUGAAGUCUUUUGAUAUUGGUUAUCAAAUGAUACAUGCUUGUAUCAAUGAUUGCUGCCUAUUCAGAAAGAAGUUGAAGAAGCUUGAUAGGUGUCCACAUUGCAAUGCUUCAAGGUGGAAGGUUAACAAGGAAACUGGUGAAGUAAAGAAAGGUGUCCCACAGAAAGUUUUAAGAUACAUUCCAAUAAUUCUAAGGUUGAAAAGGAUGUUUAGGUCUGAGGAAAUGGCCAAAACCUUAAGGUGGCAUUCUACUAACAAGAGCAAGGAUGGGAAACUCAGACACCCUGUAGACUCUGUCACUUGGGAUCAAAUGAGUGAAAAAUAUCCUCUAUUUGCUGCUGAGGAAAGGAACAUGCGGCUUGGGUUAUCCACAGAUGGGUUUAAUCCGUUUAACAUGAAGAAUAGUUAG